AUCAUCGUCUCCUUCGCCAUUCUCGUUUCUCUCUUCUUCUCAUCUCUAAUCCCUUCUCUCUCUUUCUCUCGUAUAUACCGGAGAGAGAUCCAAAUUAAACCUCUUGUUACGUUUCAUCAAGCCUCAAAAAUUCGAAUUUUCCCCAUAUAUAAUACUAAUUGUGUGAGCCGUGAAGAAUUAUGGAUUCUCGUCGAUCGACUCUGAGUUUGCUACUAUUGUAUACCUGCGCCACCCUCGUCGUGGUGUCUAACGGUGAGCUCCAAAGAUUUAUGGAGCCGGCUAAAAGCGACGGUUCCGUUAGUUUUAUAGUGAUCGGAGAUUGGGGUCGCCGUGGCUCCUUUAAUCAGUCUAUCGUCGCCUAUCAGAUGGGAAGGAUUGGUGAGAAGAUUGAUUUAGAUUUCGUGGUCUCUACGGGAGAUAACUUCUAUGACAAUGGAUUGUUUAGUGAACACGAUCCAAACUUCGAACAAUCUUUCUCUAACAUCUACACUGCUCCUAGUCUCCAGAAACAGUGGUACAGUGUUUUGGGGAACCAUGACUAUAGAGGUGAUUCAGAAGCUCAGCUCAGUUCUGUUCUCCGGGGAAUCGACAGCCGUUGGAUCUGUCUCCGAUCAUUCGUUGUCGACGCAGAGUUAGUAGAGAUGUUCUUUGUCGACACGACUCCUUUUGUGAAAGAGUACUACACUGAAGCAGAUGGUCACACUUACGAUUGGCGCGCAGUUCCGUCUCGCAACUCUUAUGUCAAAGCUCUCCUCCGUGAUCUCGAGGUUUCCUUGAAGAGUUCUAAAGCCAGAUGGAAGAUUGUUGUCGGCCACCAUGCGAUGAGAAGCAUUGGACACCAUGGAGACACCAAAGAGCUCAACGAAGAGCUUCUUCCGAUUCUCAAAGAGAACGGUGUUGAUCUCUACAUGAACGGACACGAUCACUGUCUUCAACAUAUCAGUGAUGAAGACAGUCCUAUUCAGUUUCUAACCAGUGGUGCUGGAUCCAAGGCUUGGAGAGGAGAUAUUGACCCUAUCACCAACAAUCCCAAGUCUUUGAAAUUCUAUUACGAUGGUCAGGGAUUCAUGUCCGCUCGGUUCACUCACUCAGACGCAGAGAUUGUCUUCUACGAUGUCUUUGGUGAGGUUUUGCACAAAUGGGUUACUUCUAAACAACUUCUUCAUUCCUCGGUUUGAAGGAAAUAUGCCUAAUAAAAUUGGCUUCUUUGUAAUUUUUGUACCAUACAUUUAAGAAAUUUUAAGUCCUAUUGCAGGCUAGGUAGGCUUCCUGCUUAGUUUAGCAUCCCUAUCAUCUUUAGCUCUAGCUUAUCCCAUCACAAUAUCAUAUAAAAUGUACGGUCUUUUUCCUCUGAUUUUGAUACAACUG